UUUCCCGCCUUGGCUCCGAACGUCGUCCGGCCUCCUCCGCCUCCGCCGAUUUCCGCCGAUUUCCGCCGAUUUCUCCGCCGAGCAGGUGACGUAUCCCCGUAGAGCCGAGCGCGGGCGGAAGGGAGCCGUCGCCCUACGCCAAAACGGUCGCCCGCUUCGCGACAGCGGUUUUUUCCCCGCGCGAGGCGAGGCCGAAGCUGCAGCCGCGGGGGCGAGAGGGCCUCCGGACGCGGCCGACGGGAGGCCACGCCGGGGGGAGCAGACGACGACGACGACGACGACGACGACGACGCAGGCCUCGCGGUUUUCGCUCUCUCGCGGCGCCGUCGCUGCGUGGCUCGUCUGCUUGGAGAGGAAAGAGUUAAUCAUGGGAAGCCUGGCAUGGCUGCCUGGGGGCUUGCCUCCUGUCCUGCCCACUCUCAAGGAGCAGAUUGAAGAGUACCUCUUAUUGCCAGAGGAGCUGCCCAUCCAUGCCCCCAUCCACUCUCGGCGAUGGUUCCCCCGAACGCCAAACCCCAAGCGCCUCUUCAGUCUCACACUCUUCCCUGUAACUUCGUGCCUUGAAGUGGAACGUGAUCCAGCCACCGGCCAUGUUACAGGAGUACGCGAAGUGUCUAACUCUGAUGCAGGGGCCACGGCCAAAAACUCCAUGUCAAUGCGGCGUGCUCCAGGUCCUCCAGAGGAGAUGGUGAGAGGGUCUUCGACCAACCUGCCUUUCUGGCCUGGAGGCUUCCCAGAGCCCACACUGGACAAGGAGUCCACAGAAGCAGAACACGAGCUGGACCUGACCAACCUGGUGACCAAACACCCCAGGCUGUCACGAGGCAUCACCUUUGAGGAGCCAGAGCCCCCACCCCAGGAGGAGGCCAAGGAACCCGAGGAGGAGAAGAAGAGCUCCGACCUGGUGGUCAGCAUCUCAGACAUGUUGAUGGUGGAUGAGAGUGUGCUCAAGAUCUUUGACGUGAAGGAGGAGCAGACCAAGAAGCCAGCCACACUCACCCUGGAGGACCUGAACGAAGAGGACUCCAACCUGGUUGAGACCUUCAAGAUAGAACCGGCUCCCAAGAAGGAGGAGUUUGUCUUGAACAUCAGCGAAACCCCUGUGGAAGUGGAGCUCUCUGGGCCUAGUACUGAAUGGGCCGAGAAGGUCGAUGUUCACGCCCCCGUGGAUGAUUUUCAUACGCGUGUACCUAAUCCUGCCUGCACUUAUCCCUUUGAGCUUGAUAUAUUCCAGAAGCAAGCAAUUUUGCAUUUAGAAAACCGAGAGAGUGUCUUUGUUGCUGCUCACACCUCAGCAGGUAAAACCGUGGUGGCUGAGUAUGCCAUUGCACUCACUCUUAAGCAUAUGACUAGGGCCAUCUAUACCUCUCCAAUUAAAGCCUUAUCAAAUCAAAAAUACAGAGACUUGAAAAUAAAGUUUGAAGAUGUAGGUUUGUUAACAGGUGAUAUUCAGAUUAAUCCUAAGGCAUCUUGUUUGAUUAUGACAACUGAAAUCUUGCAAUCUAUGCUGUAUAAUGGUAGUGAUUUAAUUCGUGACUUAGAGUGGGUUAUUUUCGAUGAGGUUCACUACAUCAACAAUGCAGAGAGAGGCCAUGUAUGGGAGGAAGUUCUUAUUAUGCUUCCUGAGAGAGUGAGUAUUGUAUUGCUCUCAGCAACUGUUCCCAACACCAUUGAAUUUGCUGAUUGGAUUGGCAGAAUUAAGAAGAGGAAGAUCUACGUGAUUAGCACCACAAAACGGCCUGUGCCCCUGGAGCACUUCCUCUACACUGGAAUGGGUGGCAAGAGUAAGGAUGAACGCUUCCUCUUGAUAGAUGCCCAAGGAAAGUUUGUGACUAAGGGAUACAAUGAUGCUGUUACCGCCAAGAAUGAGAAAAAGAGUAAGAUGCAGCAGCAGCAGGGACCCAAGCACAUGAGGCAGCAUAUGGGUGAGAAGCAGGAGAAGAACAUGUGGAUUGGCCUCAUUGACCACCUCAGCAAGCGAGAACUACUGCCCAUUGUGGCGUUCACGCUUUCCAAGAAGAGGUGUGACAGCAAUGCCAGUCAGCUGCUCAGUCAGGACCUGACCACUAGUGCCGAGAAGGGAGAGAUCCAUUCCUUCAUCAAGAGAUGCACGGAGAGGCUGCAGGGGGCAGAUCGAGAGCUACCACAGGUUGUCUACAUGCAGGAACUCCUCACCAAGGGCAUUGGGGUUCAUCACAGUGGAAUUUUGCCCAUUUUGAAAGAAGUUGUAGAGAUGCUUUUUGCCAAGGGUCUAGUGAAGCUGCUGUUUGCCACAGAGACCUUUGCUAUGGGAGUCAACAUGCCUGCGAGGUGUGUUGUGUUUGACUCCAUACGUAAGCAUGAUGGAACAGGCUUCAGAGACUUACUUCCUAGUGAAUACAUUCAAAUGGCUGGUCGUGCUGGUCGCAGAGGUCUUGACACAACAGGAACUGUGAUUGUCCUGUGCAAGAAUGAUGUGCCGGAAAUGGGUGACCUGCAUCGCAUGAUGUUAGGCAAACCCACCAAAUUGGAAUCGCAGUUUAAGCUCACUUACUCUAUGAUCCUCAACAUUUUACGUGUGGAAAGAAUGAGCGUUGAAGACAUGAUGAAGAGAUCGUUCUCGGAAGCCAUCACUUACAAAAAUCAAAGUCAGUAUCAGGCUGAGCUUGAACUAUAUACUGAACAGCUGAAGCAAGAACCUGACUUUAACUGUAUGAUGUGUAAGAGCAUUGAACAAUAUUAUGCAGCUGCCAAAGAGUUUGUGGAGCAGCGUGCUAAUGUCUUCAACCUGAUUCAUGGUUUUCCAGGUGUUGUUAAGGCAGUGGCACCGGGAAGAAUUAUACUUAUAUGUUAUGAACAAUAUCAGUCUUACCUUGCUUGUGUUCUGAAAAUUGAUGCAAAAGACAAGACCAAGAUGACUGUGUUUGUGUUGAAGGAAAAGUCCAAGCAUGAUUACUCAAAGCAUGAACUUAUGGCAAAGGAGGCUCUGAGUGCCUCGGAAGCAAUGUUUGACCCGUUGGAGGAACCCUCAGAGCAUGGUUUUCUGCAAAUUACCUUCAAGCAUAUUGCUGCGUUAACAGACCGGGUAGUGAAGAUAGAUGGGGAUAAGGUCAUCGACAAUAUUAAGAAACGACAGAUCCCACGGUUCAAGGAUGACCCUCCAUCGCAGUCUGUCAUGGAGCUGCUCAAGGAGAUGCAGAGGUUGAAUGAGUCAGGAGGUGAGAAUCUGGCAUGCCUGGAUCUACUGAACGACCUAGGAAUCAGAGAAAUAGCGGCCGUUAGUAAUAUUCACAGAAUGAACAUCUUAAGGAAAAAGGCCGUAGAGAUGCCGUGCUUGGACUGCACACAGUUCAGGGAGCACUUCAACAUGAUGUACAAGAAGUUACAUCUACGAGAGGAAAUUGGACGGCUGAAGUUCCUCAUGUCUGAAGAGGCUCUGCAGUUGCAUCCAGAGUACCAGAUGAGGAUCCAGGUGCUCAAGACACUGGGCUACAUUGAGGAGAACAACACAGUCACACUCAAGGGUCGUGUAGCUUGUGAGAUGGGCAACCAUGAACUCAUGAUCACGGAACUGGUGCUGGAGAACGUCUUUGCUGAGAGCCCAGUGGAGAUCAUCUCCGGCCUUCUGUCAAGCUUGGUCUUCCAGGACAGGAAUAGCAAUGACGCUGAGCUCACACCAGAGCUUCUGAAGGGCGUCCAGCAAUUCAAGGGUGUGGCCAAACGCAUUGGUGAGGUGCAGAAGGAGUGUGGGCUGAAGGAAGCUGUGGGCGACUAUGUCGACCAGUUCAACUUUGGUCUCACAGAGGUGGUCUACCAGUGGGCCAAGGGCAUGGCAUUCAAGAAGAUCAUGGAGCUUACGGAUGUCCAAGAGGGAAUCACGGUCAAGUGCAUUCAGCGCCUGAACGAGGUCCUGAAGGAUGUACGAAAUGCGGCCAGGAUCAUUGGUGACCCAAGUCUCAUGCAGAAAAUGGAAGAAGCGUCAACAGCCAUCAAGAGGGAUAUUGUCUUCACUCCCAGUCUGUAUACACAAUAAACACAUAUUAGUUUGUGGAGAAUUUCUUAACCCUAAUGGUGAUGUAUGUUAAUUCAAGACCAGCGCUAUCAUGUGUACAGGACAGUAUGUUUAUAUAUAAUCAUUUGUGUUAGUUUUUAAACAGCCCGCUAUCAGUAUGAUAUUUAGACCAGUGGCACACAUCUGGGAAUUAGUAAUAGCCCAACAUUUCCACAUGCUACCAGAGGACACAUACUUAACAUCAGUUCUUCAUUGUCCCAAGUAUGGUAUAUACAAGCUGAUUUUGAAAAACCAUCUGAAAUUUUUUUUUCCAUUAAAAGUAUAAGAUCAAAUUACUCUGACAGUUUGGAAAAGAAUAUUGCUUUGUAUCUAGGCCAUUGGUAUUUGCUGUGGAGUACAUACCUUACUUCAGUUUGUCAGCAUUACAGUAUGGGACACGGCAGAUUUUUAAUAAUUUCUUUUUUGUAAAAGUAUUACAGAAAGUAGAGUUUGAAAUCAUGAAUAUGCCCCUUUUUUUGCAGAUCAUUUGUUCAUGCAAGUAGUAAUUUGAAGUUUAAUUUAUAAUUUUCUUUUAAAUAAAAAUCUUGGAAAGAAAAAUGCCUCGGGUAAAGUUUGUGUGGAAAGUUUUCAGAAACAUUGUCAUUCUUAAAGUAUAUUCUAAUUCCUGCACAAAAAUGUGAUAUGUAUAAAAACCUUGUCAUGAUUAUGAUGAACAGUGAGUGACCCAAAGGGUUUAUAAGGAAACAAUAGAUAAACUCAAAUGUUGUGACCUUCACAAAUUGAUAAAUAAACAGAAGGAAUAUGAAUGUGUUCUUAAAAUUAUCUUGUCCCCCAGUGCCAACUGUGAAUUCUACUCCCAAGUGAGGGUGAUGUGUGCUUAUAUGCACAAGCUGCCUAUCUGUGAUCGUACCAGUGUUAAUGAACAAAUGUACCCGGUAAUAUAAGAAACUUUAUUUAUCAUUACUGUACAUCGGUAAUAUAUUCUUUUUGCAAGUGA